AUGGAAGGAAUGCUACACAGGAAGUCGAUGUUCAAUUUUCCACCCUUCCAUGGAUUUUGGAAACUGUCACAAGUCUGUUGUAGUUACCUCCGAAGCUCAAUUCUUCGAUUUGAACAGGAGGUGCAGGCUGUGCAGGAGGUACGGGAGGUGAUGGAAGGGUGGAAAAUUGAGCAUCGACUUCCUGUGUCUUCGUGUUAUCGGGCUAUCAAACCCUACAUCGGGACCCGACAUCGGGAUAGCGAAAUCCUCAAAUCGCUGCUCUCUCUGUUGAAUCUCACAGCCGGGAUAGCGAAUCGGCCCCGACGUCGGGAUUUUGAAGGCCGCCAAGGACGCGUUGGGCAUCGGCAGAAGCUCUGGCGGGAGCUCGAGUUAGCCGGAAAACUAACUAGACAAUAA